GCAGGAAAUUUCUGGCAUUAAUUCAAGCGAGGUACUGGUGAUUCCUCCCCCACCCCCCCAUUGGUACAUAAUGCUGGAUCAGUAGGAAAAGACGGAAGUAAAGCCACCAUCCAUUGCCCUGAAAUAUCCUGCAAUCAAAACUGUGAAAGGUGGUUGAGGCACAAUAAAGCUCAGCUCCAAGAUGGCUUUCUUAAGACUGAUGACAUGUCCUCACACCAGUGCCUUCAUCUGAGGGCCAGUCUGCCACUAAAGCAAAUGCAGGCUGUGUCAAAGAGAUCCAGAAGGAAAGUAGUUUCCAUGAAAAAUCAGUUCAAGUCCUCCUUUGUGUCACCAUCUGGAUUCACAGGAAGGGGAGUGAAGGACCAUCCCCUCCCAUCUGGCCACAGAUGUAUCUCCAUGGUCAUUUCCCCUUUGGUUGCUGGAAACAGCAGAGCCUUGUGGGCAGUCAAGUUGUUCUGUUCUCUUUUUGGUUCCACUGAAUGCCAACAUUGUGGAAGGUAUUCCAUGGGGUCAAUGUUCUUACCAGCCACCUCCAGUGCAUUUGCUGGGUGGGGGUGAUAGGGAUGACAGCCCAACAAAGCAGUGUUGCAGCUUUUCAAAUCAAACGCUGCCACUUUUCCAUCUUGUGAUCCUGCACAUACAGGAUGCAAAACAGGUAGAGCCUGUGGGAUGACACUGCUUUUGCCGGUCUUAGAAAAGCAUCUGAAUCUUUCAGAUGCCACUGCCUGUCUUCCACCAAGAUAUAUCAGCCUUUAUUUCCGCCAGUGCUGAAGAGAAUGACUGCUGCCUCCCAGCGUCAGGGGAGUGGCAGUGGUGAUCCCAGGGACUUUUCCUAGUUCUUUGCAGUUGCAACCUACCCUCCUAUGUGGCAACAAUUUGGUUAACCUCGUUUUUGAGACACAGCAAAGGGACAGCUGUCGUCCAGUGGAAGGCAAGAAAACCCCAAGCCAAGGGUGUGGUGAAGAGCCCUUUGAUUCUAAUGCAGGGAUUGCAGUCAGCACCUUGAAAGGGCUCUAGGAUUUGAGCCAACAUCCCGGAGCUAUGCAGUAGAGUGGCCUUAGAGCAUAGAAUAACAGGGUUGGUUGGUUUUCUACUCAACCUCCUGCUCGAGCAGGGGACCCGAUGCCAUUUCGAUGAUCCAGUCUCUUUUUGAAAGCCUCCAGUGAUUGCGAUAAGCCACCAGCGAAGCUCUGUCUCCCUAUCGCUCGCGGUCUAAGCUUAAGGGCCCGAAGAGCCGGACAAGAACAGCGCCGCGUCAAGAGCAGGACGUAGCUGGUAGCGGGAGAAAUCCCCCCGCCCGGCUCCUCGGGAAGAAGAGGGCGCAAAUUGGGUCGCCUCCGCUUUUCCUCUCUGGCUUGGGAAUGUUUUCCUUGGGUGACUCGCUUGACCGCUCCUCCCGGUCGUCGCCCGCGCUCGCCUAUGCCGCGCGUCAGUCCCGUGAAAGCUCAGCUACGCACGGGGCCGCUCCCGUGACGUUGCCGCUCCCGCUCGCCGCAUCUUGCUGGCUGCGCCUCCGACCUCUCAAGCGCGCCCAUUUGGCCGAGGCGGAAGGCGAACACCUGGCCCGAGCCCUUUCGUCAUCCGGGCGCUUUCGCUCCCAGCCGCGGCUCUGGACUUGUCCCGGGGGAGGCUUCUCUGAGGGACCGGAGGGAAGGACGCAUGCCCGGAGUUUGCCGCGGAGGAAAGGCGUCUUGCCAUGCGAAGGGCUUCCCCGCUCUUGAGAGGAAGCGAGUCGGCCCGGUAAAUAUGGUCAGUCAUGUCGUGGCUGGCUUGCUGGCUGGAUGAACUCCAGCGGUUCUCGCUGCUCUCCUUGUUUACAGCCGCUUUGGCCAUCCUGACUGUCUACCUGGUGCAAUAUGGCCUGAGCGUCCUGCGGCAAGGCGGUGGGAAGCCGCCUCCCCGGCCGUCGCGCCCGGGACUUCUGCAAGAGGACGAGGGGGGCUCCCUUUUCACCUGGCUGAUGUCCCUGGACAGCUGGAAGAGCGAAUGGCAGAAAGCCUGGAUCGCAGCGCUGAACAAGGAAGCCGGAUUGCGGGAGAACACCUGCUUGUUUACAUUUGAUGAAGAUGCAGCUCAUCAGAAUCAAGAGCUUGGAGUAGAAGGAGUAAGAAGUGUAGUAAAAUCUGCUGAAGAAAAGGUGGUUUCCUGUAAUGUAAUUGGAAAUUCCUUCCAUUUUCUUGUCAGUGUAUACCAAAUUGCACGUCUUACUGGAGAAUGUCAGUCUUACAGAGUAAAACUAUCUCCACUUCAUUUGCAGCUGAAACUUUCAGCAAAAUCUGAAGAGGAAGACAUCCAGAUCAAGUGGUCUUUCAUCUAUUCCUCUGAAACAAAUAUUGAAGUUAAACCUACUAAUGUGCAAAAAGAUCAGACUCUUGGGACAUGCACUGUAUUAGAAACAUUUAAAAGUGUGUUGCAGAAUCUCAUCAGUUGCACAUCACCUGUUAUGAUUCUGAGUACAAGAUCUACUGAUAUAAAAGGAAUACAGAAUACAGGGGCCAUUCCUCAGGGUGCUAGUCCUCCUAAGCCUCCAAGGGCUCAUGAACUAAAAUUGCUCAUGAAAAAUAUCAAAGCAACACUCACCAGUCAUAAUAUUGCAGGUAUCAUUAACCCCAUUUGUAUAGUUCAACUCAAUGACCCUUUGCAGAAAUUUUGUAGCUCUUUUGCCAAUUACCCCAUGGACCUUUCUUGGAAGAAGGAAUUUAUUUUUGAGUUAAAUGCCAAAUCAACAGAGCUGCAAAUCAGCAUUACAGAAAAUGGAGAGUUGGAUGGUGAUUCUUCCGUUUCUGCUAAUGUUCCUUUGGAUUUAUUCAGGAAACAGCCUUCUGGACUGCAAAGUUUUGCAUUGAACAGCCAAAUCCGCAAUAAUAGCUCUGCAGUAGGAUCUGUGUCCGCAGAGGUAUUCUUGUACAUAGAACCAUCAGAAACCAAAUCACUGCAAGUUCCUGCCAAGCUUCCUGUUGCAAAAGUAGAAAAGGAUCGAACUGUGAUGCCUUGUGGGACUGUGGUCACUACUGUAACUGCUGUGAAAGCCAAGACUGCGGUGGAAGGGAGAUCAUCUGUUCUGCAUUCAGUUUCCCCAGUGCAAAGUCCUGCUAAACUGAAAGGGAUAGAAAAGGAUUUAUCCAUUCAAGCAAUCCAUUGUCAGAAUGUUUCAGUAAGCAAGGCUUUAUCUUCCUCCGAUACUGAGUUACUGGUGUUGAGUGGCCCAGAUCCUGUGGCUGAAGUAGCCAUUCAACAGCUCAGUGAAUCUGCAAAGCAAAAGUUCAAAUCUCCCAGAAAAAAAAGCACCAUCAUAAUAUCAGGGAUUUCAAAGACUAAUUUAUCUCAGGACAGCAAAACUGCACUAAUGAUGGACUAUGCAGCAGCCAUGGAUGACUCCUGUAAACAAGAUGAUACUUUUAGUUUUGAAGGGUGUCUUGCACAAUCCCCUUCCGAUGAAAAAGUAUCACUAGCUGCCUCCCAAACGAUAUCUGCCCUUGAAGAACCCCAGGAACACAGCCAUGGUGCCUGGACCUUAGAUGACAGUCGCCAUCAAUGGCACAACAAUGCACUACUAGACCAAGACUGUGAUAAGAUAUCAGGGAGCUCUGUAAGCAUCUCAGAAUCUGAAAUUGUGAAGAAGUCCAAAGGUGGAAUAUUAAAAAAGAGUGCAAAGUUAUUUUUUCUUCGAAGACACCAUAAAAAAGACCCAGGAAUGAGCCAAUCACAUAAUGAUCUCUCCUACUUACAACAACCCAGAUCUGAUGGUACUCAAAAGAAAGGAGGAACCUUAACACGAAUUCUAAACAAGAAAACUAUUUUUAAGAGCAAAACCAAACUGAAUGGCUCAUCAGUUGGACCACAUGCAUAAAUUCUAGAACCUGCCAAAUUGUAUCAGCUGCACAUGACUAAUUGUUUACAGAAAAAUGAACUACCAUAUCCUUUUGAGCUUUACUAGCAAGGUAGUUUGCAGAAGAUAGCAAAGCAUAGAUAGGGAAUGAUUGAAUUUAGAACUAUGGUUACUAAACUGUAGAGAAUAACUCAUAUUUAUUUGGAACUUAGCUAAUUUAAUUCAGUAGGCCUUAGUCUAAAAUAUACUGUAAUUUCUAGAAAUUAGGUUUAAAAUGCAUUUUUGCUUGAAAUUCAAGUAUAGCUGAGAGUUACAAUGAAAAACUAUUGCAUUAAUACAUAUCUGUAGUGGUUGCACUUUUAAAGAGCCACAAUGCAAAUUUUAAAUGGGCUAUUGUGCCUGCGGGAAAAUGGGAAAAAAACAAGAAAUUGUGAUAAAGGUUGAAUGAUUUAAGAAAAUUGUAGGAGAGAUCCAAAAAUCAGAUGGAGUCUGGAUUCAUCAUUGCAAACUAACACAUAUUGUUAAUAUGCAUAAGCUUUCAUGAACUUGAUGAAGGCUGAUGAAAUAAGAAGCAGCUCAUGAAAGUGUAUACCUUUUAAUGAAUUCUGAAAAUAUGCUAUCAUAUUCCUUCAGAUUUAUAAACUGGGAAACAUUUUACUGUGCAAAUGUAUUCCCAGAUAAAAAUGCAUAAAAUUUCAGCCUUAACAUGUUUCUGGAGGAAACAUAAAAUAUUGAAUUGGGAAACACGAUACAGUAGUUGUUAAACACAUAUAAAUGGUAUUGCUUUUGAUAAGAUGCUAGUAAUACAAACUGGCAAUUUAUAUAAUUACUUAAUAGGAAUAUAAUUUUUUUUGUUCUGUAGAUAUCCUUUUAGUCUAAGAUAAGGAACCACAGACUAUUGAAGCUUACUUUUUUUACUUCCACAAUACUUGGAAACAACAUUGCCAAUAUUGCAAUGUGCCUUGGAAAUCCUAAAAUAGAAUAUAUUAAUAAUUUAAUGGCAGCAUACUGAUAGGUGACAUUAGAGCAUGCUCACUCUUUUUAAGUUUCAACUAUUAUGUUUCUGUUUUGACACAGCUUGCUUAUUUGAAAAGAUAAGGGAAGUGUUCCCCAUUUCUUUAUAUUGGAUAUUAUAACUUGUUCAUCUAAAAAGAAAACAUUCCUUAGUGAUUUUGCCUAUCUUACCAAACAUUAUGUAUUCUGACUCAGUAGGGAUUUGCUGUGGAAUAUAUGGCUUGAUUGUAGAUCCUAGAAUCAAGUUCUAUUACAUUUGUUCAGGGUAAAUCUGGUGCCAGUUCCAUCACUGUGAUUUAAAUCAAUAAAUGAAAAUAAUUCGUUGAAAUAAA